CCUGCUCAAUACGCGGGGCUGAAGGCAGUUCAAGCGACAAUCCUCCACCUCCUCCUCUUCCUCCUCCUCGCCUCUCCUCUCCUCUCCUCCCCGGCAGACAGCCUCGGCCAAACCCCUCCCAUCACAGGGCCGGACCUCCCCGUACAAAAAGGAUCAAAUGUAAUAUUAAUGAAGCCGCGCAUUGGCUCAGACUCGCGUCAAUCCCGCAGCGCGACUUCUGUAGGCUGGCAGACUUCCUUCAAUAUUAUUUCUGGGGAGCUGGGUAAAAGUACUAAAAAAUGUUGCCGAUCCACAACACCGGGACGGACUGAAUGGAGGCGACGCUGUCAGCGAGCGGAGAUAAUAAAUCCGUCUACAGUCAACCGGUAAGCAGAAAUACAAGAGCGGCUUGUUGAGUUCUCCAUAAGCGUCCAGCCCUCGGUCUCCCCAUGCCUCCAUCUCCUCUUGACGACAGAAUUGUGGUGGCGCUGCCAAGGCCGAUCCGACCUCAGGAACUCCAACUGCGCCUGGACACCAGCUACCUGGACUCCAUCGCCACUACCAGCAGCAACAAGACAGUCAUCAACACCACCGUGGUGAAAAUUCGGGCGACGGCCAAUCUUGUAACGUAUAUGCCCUCAUCCAAGGGCUCCACGCGCUCGUUGUCGUGUGGAUGCAGCAGUGCCAGCUGCUGCUCUGUGACUACCUAUGAGAAGGACAGCCAGAGCCUCAGCCACAGCCAGGUGAGCGCCAGCAGCCCCAACCUCAGCUAUGCUGGGCCCCCUACACCUAUGGUCAGCAACCAUGAAGCAUUAAGCGCCUCCAGUCUCACUGCGGGCACGCCUAAAGCCCUGUCCACCGUGAGACUCAUCCACCCCAAUGAGCUGGCCAAGCGGAUGGCCUGCUGCCCCAUGGGUCACCCCAUUGGGCCUGUGCCGGUCAUCAUUGACUGCCGGCCCUUCAUGGAGUACAACAAGAGCCACAUCCGAGGGGCUGUGCACAUCAACUGCUCCGACAAGAUCAGCCGGCGGCGGUUGCAGCAGGGCAAGAUUACUGUGCUGGACCUCAUCUCCUGCCGCGAGGGCAAGGACUCUUUUAAGGGCAUCUUCUCCAAAGAGAUUGUGGUUUAUGAUGAGAGCACCACGGACCCCAACCGGCUGACAUCCUCCCAGCCACUGCACGUGGUCCUGGAGUCACUGAGGAGGGAGGGCAAGGACCCCAUCAUCCUCAAAGGAGGCCUUAGCUGCUUCAGGCAGAGCCAUGAGAACCUGUGCGAGCACUCGCUGCACCUCCACGAAGGCUUGGACACCGGCGCAGCUGCCGGCCUGACGGGGCCGCUACCUCACACCCUGCCCUCCACCCCGGACAUCGAGAACGCAGAGCUCACGCCAAUCCUGCCCUUCCUCUAUCUGGGGAACGAGCACGACGCUCAGGACGCCAACCUGCUGCAGCGCUUGAACAUCGGCUACGUCCUAAAUGUGACCACCCACCUGCCGCUCUACCACUACGACACAGGCUUCUUCAUCUACAAGCGCCUGCCUGCCACCGACAGCAACAAGCAGAACCUGCGCCAGUACUUUGAGGAGGCGUUUGAAUUCAUCGAGGAAGCACAUCAAGCAGGUAUGAGCCUUCUAAUCCACUGCCAGGCAGGCGUGUCCCGUUCAGCCACCAUCGUGAUUGCCUACCUGAUGAAGCACACCUGGAUGACCAUGACAGACGCCUACAAGUUUGUCAAAACCAGGAGGCCCGUCAUCUCCCCAAACCUCAACUUCAUGGGCCAGCUGUUGGAAUUUGAGGAAGACCUCAACAAUGGAAUCACGCCACGAAUCCUCACACCAAAGCUCAUCGGUGUGGAGACCAUCGUCUAAACGAACCCCUCGACUCGACGCUCACACUUGUACUCACUCUCACUGUUUUUCAAGAGAGACCAGCUGCUUGAUGAGCUGGUUUGGCGUGUGAGAGAGCCGCUGUAUUCUUCUUGAAUCUCCUCAUGCUCAUCUUGGACUCUCUGGAGUGCCAAAGCUCUGGGUCAGUGGUGAUGAGAAAUGCCAAAAAUCCCUACUGUUUGGACCUGGCCGAAGUCCCGGAGGAGAAGACGAGUUAGAGAGAUAGAGACAGAAAGAAAGAGAGGAAGCGGUCAGUUGGAAGCUUUCCAUUUGUAACCGCAGAGGAGCGCACAUGAGGGAAAAGAAAAUCGGUUUGGAAAAGAUAUUCUACGUGCUUAGGGGCAAUUACUGACAAGAGAAACUUUUAAAGCUCACACUGUGGCACACAGUUCAUGUUUGCAGACUCAGGCGGGGUCGGCCACGGCAGUGCCUGUCAAAAAACAAAAAAAACAAAAAGAUGAAGACAUGUUUGGUGUGUUAAUGUUGUCGUUCUAUUUUUAUACAGGGGUUUAUGGGGGUGACCAUGACGAGCCCACAGUGGCUUACUGUGCAAUAAUUUCAGAGUGGAAUGCAACUGAGACCUUGAUCUUAUAUGUAUAUAUUGGUAAUGAUUACGAAACAUUUCCAGCUCUUUGCUGAAAUACCAUUUUGAUGCUAAUGUAAUUACUGUUGUUCGGUUCUACACGUUUAUGUUUAUGGUGCAAACACUUAUGCUGUAAUAUUAGGCGCAGAUGUGUACAAGAGACAGAAAAAAAUUGGGGUUCAUUUUUUGUCAUCUGUGUAUUUUCCAAAAUUCACGCAACGACAAAUACAUAUUUUUUGCUUCAGUAUCUUAGUUUUGCCAUUCCUGCAUCCAUAUAUGCAUAUAUUUUAGCAAUAUAUAUAUUACCAGACAGCCAUAAGAGCUUUUUUAUGCAUGGUUGCUAGCAGAGGAGAGAACACUUUGAAAUAAUCAGUGAAUAUUGUAAAACAGGGCUACUGGUGAUGUUUAAUGUAACAGAACGGAGGAAUUUCACUGCCUGCUUCUGUCGUCUCCUCUGUUCUUUCUGCUCCCAUUCAUCCACGAGCUGGCUCUGUUGUUAUGUACUCGACUGUGUUUUCUGUCCCUGUGUAUGUUUUUCUCAAUGCCCUACAUUUUGAGCUGUGAUUUAUUCCAUCCUAAGGUAGUAGAGUUGAGGUACAGACUUCAAACAAACAGACACUUCCUCCCCUCUGGUCACGGUUAAAGUGUGACAGUGGUGGAAGAGCAGUGUGACCUUUUGUCUAAUCUUUUGCAACUCCCUGUUGCUGACACUAAGCUACAGUUAAGUGAGCUCUUUUGCCUUGCGUAGGCAAGCGCUGCUGUCACGUGCUGUUCUAGUGCCUCUAUCAAUGCCUUAAUUCAUGUGUCACCACUGGGCCUGCGCAUGGCACCACCAUCACGUGCAGACGGCUGCAGACCACACCAAGAUUGAAUCAGCUCCCAGACAAAAACAACCUGCUGCCCUAAUAUACAAACUUUAAAAACAUGCCAGUUUUUUUUCUCUGCAGUUCCUGAUUAAUAUGCAGAAUUUGAGAAAAUUGCAUUGAAAGAUGCUAAAAACCCUUGAGGUAAAAAUGCUCAUUAUGUAACUCUGAUCUUGUGGUGGCAUUUGAAGGAGAAACUGAGCACCAUCGUAAAUUGUAAAUCAACUGGGCACUAAAUAGUAGUGUAGUAAAUGUAUAUGUACGCACACAAAGUUUACCGUCAUCCUUUUGCAUCUGAAUAAACUCACAUUUAACUCAUUUUAUGAAAAAUAUAUGUAGAUAGAUAAUGAAAGGAAAGGCUACAAAAAUACUCCUCAUGCCUUCAUUCUUAUACAAAUCACUGAUUUCUGCCAUUUAGUCAUGUCAGUUUUCACACAUUUCACUGUCCUCUGACAGUUACUGGAAAUUAUAAUACCAAUAGGUAUAAAGGGAAGCUUUUAGGUAUCCAGGUGGGAUGCAUGCGUUUUAAGGUGCAAUACAACCACCUGUUUACCAAGGAGCAGACAGUACAGACCUCUUCUUUUUGAGAUGACUGUGUGCAUGGUCAUCAAAAAACUUAGCAUUUAAAAAAGAAAGUAAUACCUGAGGACCAUGUAUUGUUUAUCUAAUUGAUUUGGAUUUGACAAAACCAAGGGCUGUCAAAGAUUUUCAAACCAUAAAAGAGCAUGUAGUUGUUCAACUGAAGUUCAAACACGGAAUUCAGAGCUAAAAACAAGGAGUCCCAAUGUUUUCAACCAGUAUCUAACAGUUCUUACUGAGCUGACUUAAAGCAGCUUCCACACAAAUUAUGGUUUCUAUUCUGUUUAUGUUCAUUUUGUUCAGCUCUCCGUAAUUGUUUGCAUGAAAAUAAAGACAUAAAUGAAGCACAGGGCUAAAAUUAUCAUUGUCAAAGCAACAAACCAACAUUUCUUUUGCAAUACUGAACCCAAAUGUUUGGAGAAAAAAAAGAUCUCGUGUCUCUGAAGGAGAAUGCAAGGAGUUUUCAUAGCAUAGUGAAUACAAACACACACACUGUACACUCAGAAAGGCUUUACAACACAACUAUUCAUGACAAUAAGCUUCACAGAUCCCUCGUGAAAAUUCAUGCUAUGCAAAAGAAAUUGUAACAGGUUGUUUCUUUACCCAGUUAUCAUUUGAGCGUACCUUGAGUUGUUUUGUGAGGUCUCUGCAAACAUUUCAAGCAUGAAUAAGAGUUUGCAGCCUUGGAGAUUGAAGUGUUUUAACUUAUCGACAAUGAAGUUUAAAAAAAAAAAUGUUUGUGUGCCAACGUGUCCUCACUUGUAUUUUUGUUGCUGUUGUCAUUGGUGUCUACUGGUGCUCCACAAUAUAUUUGAAUAUGAUAAAAGGUAUAUAAUAAUCAUUUACCACCAGGUUUGUAGCUUCUGCAUUUAUAUUCAGUGAUUACCAUUUGCAAAAGAAAAAAAAAGACCAUCUGAGCCAAUGUUAUAUAAGAAUAAUAUACCUUUUCGUCCCAUCUGCUGGUUCCUACAACCGCAGCCGCACAUGGCUUUUGUAUGUAAUGAUCUAUUUGACUGAACAAUGUAACCGUCGUACUGUACAUUACUCUCUGGUUGGAAAACGAAGCAUGCUGUGUGCUCCUGGUCUGUGAGGGACACUCACGGUCAUUAUGGUGCUGUCCGUCUUUCCCACACUGCUCUUUCUGUAGAUGUCACAGCCUGAUCGACAGCUCUGAGAGGCAUCUGGGUCUGUUCCUUUUUAUUUGGAAACAUGGUUCUGUCUUAGAACAAUAUCAAGCUGUCAUAUUUGAUGUGCACUCUUUACGACUAGACUUGUUUAAGAGUCUCUGCUUUGGGCUCAGAGGCUCCAGUGGAAUGGGCUUCGCUCUACAAGUCUAUGUAUCUUUCUUUGUGUCUGUAGUCAACGGUCAAGUAUAUACAGUAUAUAAAUAUAUAUCUAUUUUCUUUGUAUGCAUAUAUUCAUUACUAUUUUUGCACUGACCUAUGGACAGAUGGAUUUAUUUUUUUCCACAAAGGGUGCUAUUAUAACGGAGGCCUUCUCCCACACCUUUUUGCAUGACUUGCUCAAAAUUCCUCAACUGGUCUGUCAUCUCUCCUACUCUUCUCCUACUACUCCUUGAACUGUUGCAAUUGAAGCACUGUAAUUUUGUAAUCCCUACUUGUGAGCUUUGAAAUAAACAGGGAGGCUUCAAGUUUG